GAAACCAGAACCGUUCCGUUAACAAAGUCUUGUCCCGUUUCCAACAGAUGAUGCAUGCACAGGCAGAUAUGCUGCAUAUGUGUUUCCAUAGCUUAAGAUAGAAAUUAGUAAUAAGCGACUAGUCGGUCUUUAUUUUUUGAUUGUUUCUUUACUUCAUUCGUGGGGCUUUUAUUGUGAAAACCCAGACCGGAAAAGGACGUAUUUUCAUCCGUGGGUAGAAAGAAGAAGUACUGAGAAAGUUAAGAAGUUAUCCUCUUUAUUACUCAUAUAUGUAAUCUAUAACAAAUGUCAACAUAUAUAUAGUAUUAUAAAAUAUAUAUAUCGUUUAUAUAUGAUGCUAAAUAAAGCAUCUUGAAUCUAACAGUUUAAAUCUUAUGUCAGUUCAGACUAAUUCAAUGGUCUGAAAGGUUUAACUCUUAUUUCAGUUCAGACUAUUCCAACAGUCUGGACAGUUUAACUCUUAACUCAGUUCAGCCUAAUCCAACAGUCUGAACAGUUUAACUCUUAUCUCAGACUAAUACAACAGUCUGAAAAAUGUCUCUUAUCUCAGACUAAUCCAACAGUCUGAACAGUUUAACUCUUAUCUCAGACUAAUCCAACAGUCCUAACAAAGUCAGUCAUCAAUAAGUCGUCUCUUUGUGGUGAUUAUCUUAUUACACAAGUGAUUUAUCAUAGGAAACUCCUAGGAUAGAAGAUAAAAUACAUUUCAGAAAGUUUCUACAACCUUAAAUACUCAGAUUAAUCUUUGUAAAAAUGUUUAGUAGUGAGUAUUAGUAGCUACUAAAAAUGUCUAGCAGUGAGUAUUUAUACUAGCUCACAUGUCUAGCAUUGAGUAUUUCUGCUAGUUCACAUGUCUUGCAGUGAGUAUUUAUAUUAGCUCACAUGUCUAGAAGUGAGUAUUCGUACUAGUUCACAUGUCUAGCAGUGAGUAUUUAUACUAGCUCACAUGUCUGGCAGUGAGUAUUUGUACUAGCUCACAUGUCUACCAGUGAGUAUUUGUACGAGCUGCCCCCUGCGGUCUGGUUUGAGUUCUGCCGGCUGAUGGAUGGACUCUCUGAGACGCAAUGGGUCCGCUUCGCCUCAGAGAUUCUAAGUGAUCAGACCGACGUGCGAUUGGCUGAGCGGAGGGAGAGGCGGACCGACUAUGUGAUAAACCAAUGGGCAAACAGAAAUGGCCAGGUGGGGGAGCUGAUUGGCUUAUUGGAGAGACAGCAGCUUCUUAGAGCCAGAGACGUCAUUCUGACCUGGAGAGCAGAAUCUGUCUCCAGGCUCCACCCACAUUCCAGUCAUUCUCAGUCAUACUCCGCCCCCAAACCUCUCUUGGUUACCUGCUCACCACCCACCAAGGCCCUAAUCAGAGGUGAGGUGAUGGGAGGAGCCAGAAUGCUGCCUAAACCAGGACCACCCCCAAGCAGCCUGCAGUCUCGAACACAGCCCCCCAAACUGAUGAAGGUUCCAGCUGGGUCUGUCGGUGGAGCGGGGGGGAUGUGCUGGUCACAUGACGAGCUGGAGACAGGAACCGAUGGUUUCUCCCCCUCGAGGCUGGUGGGGGAGGGGGGCUUCGGGAGUGUUUACCAGGCCAGCAUGGGGGGCAACGAGUACGCUGUGAAGGUCCUCAGACAGGGCUCUAGUUUGCUGGACUGGUCUCUGUUGAAGGAGACUUUUAAAACAGAGGUGGAGAAACUUUCUAAGUACAGACACCCCAACCUGAUGGAGCUGGUGGCGUUCAGUAUGGCGGACGACAGCUUCUGUCUGCUCUCCAGGUUCAUGAGCAAUGGCUCUCUGCAGAGCCAGCUGGUGGGUGGUGCUCUGUCCUGGGAGCAGAGGGUGGGUGUAGCAGCAGGAACGUCCAGGGCUCUACAGUACCUCCACAUCCCCCCCCCACCUCUCCUCCCCCUCAUCCACGGAGACGUCAGGAGCACCAACAUCCUGUUGGACCGUCACCUGGCCCCUAUGCUGGGGGACUUCGGGCUGGGGGUCUUCAGCCCGCGAUGUGGGCGCGGGGUCCGGACCAGCAGCGUGGGGAGGACCUCGGUCCUCCGGGUGGCCCAGGCGUACCUGCCCCAGGACCACCUCCAGGACGGCCGGCGGACCCCCGGCCUGGACGUCUACAGCUUCGGAGUGGUAUUGCUGGAGUUGCUGACUGGCCGUAGAGCUGUGGAGACAGAGGGGUCUCGAACCCUCUACCUGAAGGACCUGCUGGAUGAGCUGCUGGAGAGUCCCGGUCUGUCACAGAGCGGCCCCUCCCAACUCUCCCACCUGGACCCCCGGCUCCGCCCCCAACAGCCCUCCAACCCAGGGGGCGUCACAGGCUCUAUGGAUGUUUCUGCACUGGCCUGUAGAUGUCUGCAUAAAAACAGGAAGAAAAGACCAGCCAUUACGGAGGUGUCUGAUGAACUCCAGGACCUCCUCUCCCUUCUGAGGAGCAGCACUAGCCCUCCCUCCUCCCUCCUCCCCUUCCUCCCCCCGCCCCCUUUCAGACAGAGGUCAGACUGGGUGCUCUUGUCCGGGAUAUGGCUCAACUGGGAACACUGGAACACUCCUCCCCCUCCCCCUCCUCCCUCACCUCCUCCUCCUCUGUCACCUCCUCCUCCCUCACCUCCUCCUUCCUCAACACCUCCUCCCUCACCUCCUCCUCCCUCACCUCCUCCUCCUCCCCGUCUGAGCCCUGUGAGAGUGAUGAGAGCGUCUGUCUCUCCUCCCCCCAUCUCCCCCCUGGUGUCUCCCAGCCUGGACUCUACCAGUCUGGUGUCUCCCAGUCUGGUGUCUCCCAGUCUGGUGUCUCCCAGCCUGGCCUCUACCAGUCUGGUGUCUCCCAGUCUGGUGUCUCCCAGCCUGGCCUCUACCAGUCUGGUGUCUCCCAGUCUGGUCUCUCCCAGCCUGGCCUCCACCAGUCCUGUGUGUCCCCGUCGGGUGUCCCCCGUCUCCCCCCUGGCGCCCCGUCCAGCAGUAGUUCUUCUCCGUCCCGGGAGAGGAGCCCGGCCCCCUCUACCCAGGGACCUUCCACUGGCUCCUUCCUCCCCUCCUCGCUCCCCCCCUCCCUCCUGACACUCCCGACAGAUGAAGAUCAUGCUGGACGCAGUGGCCCAGAGGAAAGUGACGAACUGGAUUUCUUGAACUGACCGUCUGUCUGACUGACUGUUCUGUUAGUCUGUCUAUGUAUCAUCAUCAUGUUCAUCCCAGCAAUGUAUCUCUUACAGACGAUAGACCAACCUAGGUGAAAUCUUGUCGCCAUAAUAAAAUAUUCACUUUUACCACCAUUCACAUGUGUGUUAAACUGUUAUGCCAAAUAAAUCCCUUUUGAUUCAAAGCC